AAAGUGAAAAAGUGCAGCUGAAGAGAAUAGAGAACAAAAUUAAUCGGCAGGUGACCUUCUCCAAGUGGCGAUCGGGUCUUCUAAAAAAAGCUCAUGAGAUUUCCAUCCUCUGCGACGCCAAUGCCGGCUUAAUCGUCUUCUCCACCAAAGGUAUAUUGAACUGCAUUCUUGAUACAAGCAAGAUAGAAGCCGGGAAGAUGCAGCUUGAGGAGCAAGUGUUCGAUGUGGAGCAGCUUCUGGAGGACGUGGUUGAUCUAUACUAUCCUGUUGGCAUGAAUAAAGGCGUAGACGUGAUCUUGGAUCCGUGCGAUGGCUCUGUCUCGAGAUGUCGUUCGGCUAAAGAUGAUCAGGUGGUGCAAGUGGUGAUUCAUGAGCUCGUUCAUGCUUAUGAUGAGUGUCGUGCUGCUAAUCUCGACUGGACUAACUGCGCUCAUCACACUUGCAAUGAGAUUCGAGCUAAUCAUCUCAGCGGUUAUUGCCACUUGAAACAAGAGUUUCUUCGUGGGCAUUUGAAGAUAAAGGGAGGGCAAGAGUGUGUAUGGCAAAGAGCAAUGAAAGCAAUGAGUGGAAACCCAUACUGUUCGGGAAUAAAAGCAGAGGAUGCCAUGAAAGCUGUUUGGAGCACUUGCUAUAACGACAUUACGCCCUUCGACACUUGAGAGAGACUGCUACUCACUUCUCUUGGCAUCAAAUUAAUUGCCACUCUGAAGUUGCUACUGCACUGAUUAUGUAUUUAAGUUUACAUUCUUGAGUUAUCUUUAAUCCAUGCAAAUUUCACAUUACUACUAAUUUCUUUAUGUAACAAUAAAUUUUUGUAUUUCAAUUUAUAAAAUACAAAAGUGUGUUACAAAGAUAAUUUGAUAGAGUUUUGCGGGUUGCAAUCUCUAGUUGAUCCUCUUAUUCUUCUCUUCCAUUUGAUUCUUGAACAAUCUCGAAGGUUCUUGAAAUAUUUGAUUUGAUGACGAUAAAUCCAAAGGGCUUCAAGCCAUGAUUUUGAAUUGCACGUCGAAGUUGAUUUGAUUUGGAGAAGAACGUCCUUAGAAUUUUGUAAGAACGCCUUGAAGCUUUCGAUCUUGAAGAUUUGAAGGUUUGAUCACUUGAAGAUUUGAAGAUCUUGAUCACUUGAAGAUUUGAAGGUUUUGAAUUCUUGAACUCUUGAAGAUUUGAAGAUCUUGAUCACUUGAAGAUUUGAAGGUUUUGAAUUCUUGAACUCUUGAAGAUUUGAAGAUCUUGAUCACUUGAAGAUUUGAAGGUUUUGAAUUCUUGAACUCUUGAAGCUUUGAAGAUCUUGAAUUCUUGAACUCUUGAAGAUUUGAUCUUGAUCACUUGAAGAUUUGAAGGUUUUGAAUUCUUGAACUCUUGAAGAUUUGAAGAUCUUGAUCACUUGAAGAUUUGAAGGUUUUGAAUUCUUGAACUCUUGAAGCUUUGAAGAUCUUGAAUUCUUGAACUCUUGAAGAUUUGAAGAAUGCUUGAAGAAUACUUGAAUCCUUCACUUCUUCCACUUGUGACACUGGAGAGAAUUCUUGUGCUUUUCAACCUUUCUCUCCUCCAAGAUGUUAUUUGUGAGCACCCCAACACCCCUAUUUAUAGAUGUAGGAGGUGGGUCUUAUGGGCUUUAUGGGCUUUGGGCCUCCAUGCAUGGGCCUUAGGGCUUUAAGUGGCCAAUAGGCCCAUUAGUUCAUUAUAUUAAAUAUUAAUUAUAUAUCUAUUUAAAUUAAGAAUAAAAUCCCAUUUAAUAAAAUAGAAAAUAUAAUUGAAUAUUUAAUUUAUGAAUAUACACGUGACACGAUUUAAUUCGACGAUAAAUUUAAUUGUCUACACUUUGUUGUAGAGCUGGUUAUGGAGUUUUGUUAUUUAGUUGUUAAUUUAGUGUUUUUUGGUUACUUGAUCUAUCCUCCAAUUUUGGGGGCCGAAUAGGAAGCAAUUGAUUUUGAAAUUGUUUUUGGGUGAAUGUUUCUAAUAGCUUAUAUAUGUAGAAUUUAUGUAGCUUAGAUCUCUUUCUCUUAUGCUUAUUGGUAAAUUUUUUAUGAGAAACAGACUGAA